AUGGGUAGCAGACUUGCAUUUAUCGAUACAGCUGUUCUAGUACUGGCAUUUUGGCGAUGUCUCCCAGUUCUGCCUACACAAUGGCACAUACACUCCUCCUAUCGAUUUGCAGGUCCUCCAUGCCAGUCCACCAUUAUAUUGGGCGAUAUCCUUGAUCUUACGCCUGUAAUCCAAUUUCGGAACAUAAAUCUCACAUCCCAUGAUUCGAAGUUUGUACUUGUGGUAGCCUACUCUACUUCCUACCACCCAACCACCAGUUUGACCUCCGCUCCAACAAUAGAACAAAAAGGAAACCAGGAAAGCAAAAAGAUUGACCGACGCAGGGAUCGAACCUGCAAUCUCUUGAUUCGUAGUCAAGCGCCUUGCCAUUGGGCCAGCCGGCCUGUGAAAGAUUCGGCCAAAAAGUGCAAAAAGAAAUCUCUCCCUCGGGGAAUCGAACCCCGGUCUCCCGCGCUUAUCGGUAUUAAUGACAAGCGGAAAUCAUCACCACUAGACCAAGGAAGAUGUGAUGGUCGAGUUACUUCUCGGCCACUUGGCUGGUUGAUGGAAAAUCUGGUAAUUUAUAGCUUUAUAACUGAGAAUAAAAUUGACUUGCAUCGUUUUUAUUCCGAUACUUCAUUCUCAGAUCUAGAUGAUCCAGUGUUUUGA